AUGUUGUUAGUAUCUAUAAUAUCUUUCCUUCUAUUCUUUCAGCUUUCAGCUGCUAAAGCACCUCCUAGUAAGACUUCACUGAUAAAUACCCAUGAGAGAAGAUCAAUAUAUUCAUGUUACGUUGGUUUACGUAAAGAAACCUGGGGAUACAAUGGGUCGGCUCUAUGUCGUUAUGAACCAGCAAUUCAAUCGAUGCUUUACUGUCUCUAUGAGGACACGCAUGAAAAGAAGUAUUCAAACAAAACACUGGAAAAGGGCUUCGAAGAGAUGAGACAAUUUUGCUACACACCAAAGUUUUUGAACAUGACUGAUGCUGAAUUUUAUACCUCACUGGAUAACGGUACAUACUAUAUUCAAGAUCAGUCUAAGACUGACGUUAACAUCACUUUUCCUGUCAGACUAAAUUCCACACUAAGAAAAGCUUACUAUGAUGCGUAUUAUGGUUACUACUAUAAUCAUGAUAUUCCUUAUUAUUUUGGGGGCAUUAUUUGUGCAUACUUUGUUGGUGUUAUGUUACUUGCAGGUUUAAUUCGUUUUUUGAGCUACACUCCAAUAAAAAAGGUUAUCCUCAAACAAAAACUGAUUAAUUAUGUUAGAGGUUAUGCCACGCUGCCUACUUUGUGGAAAAAACACGCAGAACCUUUCUCACACAUCAAAGUGAUCACCGGCUACCUUCCCACUAGAUUUGAAACUUUAGUUAUUCUGGGCUACCUCAUACUUCAUACCAUUUUCAUGUCUUACAGGUAUCAGUACGAUCCCUACCACAUCAUAUUUGCUGCCCAUAGAGCAGAAGUGGCACAUUUUGUUGCAUACAGAAGUGGUAUACUUUCCUUUGCGCAUCUACCGCUUAUCGUCCUAUUUGCGGGAAGAAAUAACUUUCUCCAAUUUAUUUCUGGUUUGAAGCACACCUCCUUCAUCGUGUUCCAUAAGUGGCUCGGAAGAAUUAUGUUUCUUGAUGCUGUAAUUCACGCAGCCGGUUUUACAAACUACUACUUGUAUUAUAAAAAAUGGGAUACGGUUAAAUUAAGAACAUAUUGGCAGUUUGGGAUUGCUGCUACGUGCAUAGCGGGAAUGAUGAUUUUCUUUUCCAUUGCAGCAUUCAGAAGACACUGCUAUGAGACUUUUAUGGUUCUCCAUAUAGUAUUCGCAGCUCUAUUUUUCUAUACUUGUUGGGAACAUGUUACUAGUUUCAGCGGUAUUGAAUGGAUUUACGCGGCAAUAGCGAUUUGGGGUGUUGACAGAAUAGUACGUAUCGUCAGAAUUGCGUUCCUAGGGUUUCCUAAAGCAGAUUUACAGCUAGUUGGUCCAGACUUGGUCCGCGUGACAGUAAACAAACCAGAAAAUUUUUGGAAAGCAAAAUCAGGUCAAUAUGUUUUUAUUUCAUUCUUACGCCCGUUGUGCUUCUGGCAAUCACAUCCGUUUACGGUCAUGGAUUCUUGCGUAAAAGAUGGAGAAUUGGUCAUUAUUUUAAAAGCAAAGAAGGGUGUAACAAAAUUGGUAAAGAGGUUUGUGGAACGUAAAGGCGGCAGGGCUUCCAUGAGGCUUGCCAUCGAGGGCCCAUAUGGAUCCAAGUCCUCCGCUCAUCGUUUUGAUAAUGUACUGCUUUUGGCAGGUGGAUCAGGGCUUCCGGGCCCAAUUGCCCAUGCUAUCGAGUUGGGGAAAACAACUGCUGCAAGCGGUAAGAACUUUGUGCAGCUAGUGAUAGCAGUAAGAGGAUUUGAUAUGCUCACCGCAUGUAAGAAUGAAUUAAUGGUCUUGAAGGAUUUGAAUGUGAACGUUCACAUUUACAAUUCUAAGCAAGAGCCAAUUCUUGCAGAGAAAACCAGCCCAAAUCAAAUUAAGGAUAGUGAAGAAACGGCAGAAAAAACUCCUUCUACAGCUGAGAGCUCGGAGAAAGCUCCUUCCGAUACUGAAAAUACAGAACAACCCCUUUCUGUAGGUAGCGUAUCUGUCACUGACUUUGAAUUCGCAACUUUUCAUGCAGGAAGACCAAAUGUUGAAGAACUGUUAAAUGAAUCCGUUAACCACUCUGGUUCACUCGCUGUGGUGUGUUGCGGUCCACCUGUAUUUGUUGACACUGCUAGGAAUCAAACCGCUAAAGCAGUACUUAGAAACCCAUCAACCGCAAUUGAAUACCUAGAAGAAUACCAGGCUUGGUAA